AUUAAACUGUUUUAUCAGUACGCAGAAUCGAAGGAACAUGUGUUUUAAAAAUAAACUGACAGCGCCAGUUUUUAAAUUUUGCGCGCGGGCGCUUUACUAACUGAGUUAUUUCAAAUUGUUGAACAAACCAAAGAUCCGACUCAUUUCCUCCAUCCUUUAAAAGUACUAGUACGCUCUGAAAACUUGAUCUCCAAUAAUUAAAAUCAUUAUCCAAGACAGUAAAAUUUAUCAUGUCACAAAUUAAUUGGCUCCGCUGUAAUAAAUGCCGACUACUAAUGAGCUCGGCAAUAAGAAAUUUUUUUAUUUCACAAUGUGGUCAUAUUUUUUGUCAUGAGUGUGCCACAACAGGAGGUACCGUUUGUCAGCAAUGUCAGACACCAGACAUUCGAUUGUUAGAGUUGAAAGAACCACUUCCUCCAGUAAUUGCUGAUUUACAUACACCGUGUAUCGAAUUCAUGGAGCAAAUGGUGAUGACUGCCAAGUUCCAGUUGGGCCAGAUUGCAGCAGUCAACAAAUUCGUCCAAAAUACGGAUGAUAAGUAUUCUUCACUAAAACGCCUGUACUGGGAGCAACGUAAAACAUUUAUGAAAUUACAACAGGUUCGUGACAAAAUGAAAACUGCUUGCGAUGAAUGGAAAGCAGUUAGAUCCAAUUACCAGUACAUUCUCAAUGUCGCUGGUUCAAAUCGCAGACAUGGUCCAACUGGAAAUUUCUUUGGUCAGGAUCCUAAUGUCGUAAAUAAUUUCAAUCAUAAUCGACGAGCUCAGCGUUCUAACUAUCAAUUUACCAGACAAGUCGCGUUCGUUAGUCCAAACAAUCCUUAUAAUUCAGACAAUUCAAAUACAUCUUAUGUAUCAAAUAAUAUGAGCACUCCCAUAACUCCUCUUAGUGUUCAUCGGAUGAUCAACAACAGGAGAGUUCCAAGAUCAGCUGGUAGUUCAUCAACUGCUGUUACCAGUAACAGCUCAUCUUUAAAUAUCAAUAUGUUUUAA